AUGUUCAAGAUUGGAUUAAGGAGUAACUGCAUUUCAAGAGCUUUUCUCACUAAAAGCUCCAUCAGGAAUUUUUCUGCCCAGAUAGGAAGCAAACUAGAUGGCAAGAUAGCAUUAAUCACAGGCGCAGCAAGUGGCAUUGGCAAAGAGGCUGCAAAAAAAUUCAUAAACAAUGGCGCAAAAGUAGUGAUUGCUGAUAUUCAGGCACAACUGGGUCAAGAAACAGCCACAGAACUUGGAACCCAUGCCAGCUUCAUUUCAUGUGAUGUGUCAAAAGAAUCAGACAUUGCACAUGCAGUGGAUUAUGCCGUCUCGCAAUUCGGCCAACUCGAUAUCAUGUUUAAUAAUGCAGGAAUCGCAUGUCACACUCCGCCAACCAUAGUUGACCUUGAUCUUGCUGCAUUCGACCGAGUCAUGGCCAUCAAUGUUCGAGGAGUGGUGGCCGGGAUCAAGCACGCAUCCCGAGUUAUGAUUCCCCAGGGACGGGGUUCGAUUUUGUGCACAUCGAGUAUCACUGGAGUUAUGGGAGGGUUGGCACAACACACAUACUCGAUAUCCAAGUCCACGGUUAUAGGAGUAAUGAAAUCUGCAGCAGCAGAGUUGUGUAGGCAUGGUAUCAGAAUCAACUGUAUAUCGCCAUUUGCCAUUCCGACUUCGUUUGUGAUUGAUGAAAUGAGGGUAUACUUUCCCGGGGUCAACGAUCGGGGUCUGGCGAAAAUGAUACAUGAUAAUGGUGUGUUGAAGGGAGCCAUUUGUGAGCCAGAAGAUAUAGCUAAUGCUGCUCUUUAUCUAGCAUCUGACGAUGCCAAAUAUGUUAGUGGGCAUAAUCUUGUAGUAGAUGGUGGUUUUACUUCAAUUAAGAAUUUGCAUUUUCCCGUACCAUACGAGUUCAAAAGUGAAAAAUGA